AUGAUGCGUCUCACCCAUAACACGUCGUGCAUAUCGUUGUCAGCACUGGAGCAGCAGCCUUCCGGCUCUUCGGCGACCAUCUUCCCUCCGAUCUCGCGGCCCGCACCGCGGCGACCUGCUCCUCUGGAAGAUCAACUGCUCGUCAACCUUCAGAAUGUUUCCAUUUUUUCCGCGAACGACAUGGGCCUGGCCAGCCUUGGAAUUACCGCAGUUGGAAUGGCAUCCGGAAACCCUUGGCAACCAAAGUCCUCUUUUGGCACCGCAUCGACGAACGGUUUCACGGGUUCCGACACCUCAUCAGCUCCGAUGUCCCCCAUCCCUUCACCGGGACUCAGGAAGCAGAUGUCGAGCGGAUGUGCACAGCAGCAGAAGACUUUCAAUCGAAAUCAAGGUGAGAAUGAUUCAUUUUAUCCGGGCUUCAGAAUCUCGUCAAAUUAAGAGGGCAUUUGCACUUUUUGUGUGUUUGCGCCAACAAUUUUGCAUCACGGGCUCCGCAGCUCGAGCUCCGCUUGCAGAGAGAUUAGCAGAUUGCGCGUUAGACUGGAGAGACGCAGAGAGACAGAUCGCCCGAAAGUGUUGCGGUUUUGUGUACAAACAGUGGAGGAAAGCCCUCCGAAAAAACGGGAGAUUAUCAAGAGAGGCAAGAUGAACGCUUUUUCGUAUUUCAGCCCAUCCUAAUCACUUCCGAAAUAACCGUGGAAAUGGAUAUCAGCAGAACGGCUCCGGAUCUCAGCAGUAUCAGAAUGCAAGUGCCCAUCGCGCCUUCAAUGCGAACGGUUCGAAUCAGCAAUCAAAUCAGUGCAGAACAAACCAUUGCCGCGAAGACCAUCAACCCGGAAUGAGAGGUAAUAGUUUAUCGCCUUGGUUUUAUUGCAAAAGUUUGCUGUCGCUUCUUCUUAUUCCUCCUCUUCCUCUUCUUUUUCUUCUUCUCCAACCGCCCCGCCGCACCCCAUUGGGACUAUAAACCGGACACCACUCGUUUAACCGUUCGGGCGAAGAAGAAAGCGUAGCGCGCACUCCCUCUCGCUUCACUUUCGAGUAUACAUACAGUGCGAAGGAAGCGCAAAAUGUUGCGAUUUCGAGAGGCUCUUGACCUUUAUCUCGUCUGUUGCUGUAACUAGCCAGGGCGGGGGAGCGUCCAUUGUUUAGAGGCGCCAGGCGGCGACAGGGAGUACGGGGGAGCCAGGAGCCGAGGAGGUGAUAGGUACGACCACGCGGCUGUUCGAAGAAGAGCCGCUUGCGUUUCGAUGAAAGUUUCUUGGAGCCGGAGAAAAAGAAAAAAAGAGCUCAUGCACUUUAGGUGUCAGAUGGUCCCCUUCGCGAAGGGAUCAAAUGAGCAUGUCUCAGAGCUGCCUGCUUUCUUCUUCGCCGAGUGCAACCUCCAUCCGUCGAGUCGGACCAAGUAGCUCAUUAAAUCAUUCAUUCAAUGGGUGGAAGCAGAAAACGCUGACGGGAGAAGCACGUUUUUCUCUUACACACAAAGAGAAACGGAGAACCCAUUUAUCACCCGCACUUCGUUUCGAUAGAUCGCCAUGAAAUUGUUGCAAAGCGCAUCAUUACACACCCACACUGUCUGAACUGAAUUCGAGGACGCCGCUGACGUCAUCAGAAUGCGGAACUUAAGUGAAGGAGCCUGCCGGCCGACUUGCCUGUCCCCCAGGAACACACUCUGCCACACUCUGUGUUUGAACUGGGGCGCAUGCGUUUGUUUGUGUUCGGCGCCACGCGAGUUGCCCUUUUGGCAGAGAGAGAGAGAGAGAGAGAGAGAGAAAGAGACCCGCAUCCAGACUGAUUUGCAUCCAUCCGUGCCUAAUGGGAUUCAUUGAAACCGCCACGCAUUGGCGACGCGUACAGGUGUUGCUUGCGUCCGGAGGUUCAAGUUGCGAACAAAAACGUCCAGCAUCAUUUCAUGUUGUGAGAAUAUUGCGAAGGCCGGCUGCGCACACACUUUCACCCAUUCGUUUUCAGGGUCGAAAGAAUGGUGGGAAAGAGACGAGAAUGACCUAAAGGGCACCCCCCCCCCCCUCUCUCUCUUUUUUUUUCGAUAGGGACAGUUUGUACUUGAGAGUCUACUGUAAAACAGAGUAAUAGUAGUGAAUGGGUGAUCGAUUACAUGCGUAGAUUUCCGUAAGAUUAGGCACGGUGAAAAAUGGAAAGAGAACGUAUCGAUAUAGACGGACGGGAGGCAGGAAAAACGGGUUUUUUCAGUUCUGCCCGGAGACAAAAAAUUGACGGUGAAGGCGGCGAAUUUAACGCGGGAGGGACGGAACGGUUCGAAUCGCAACACUUGAAGCCGCCUACCGUAGUCUUCAAACUUCAUCUGAUUUCGCAAAAGUACACGAAGGCACAAACUAGUCCUGUUCCUCUUCCGAUCGCCUUUCGCUAAUGGCUCUUUGUUCUACCGUACUCGCAUCUCAAAUGACGUGUCAUUUAUCUUGAAGACCAUCCCUCGUUCUCCAUCUUUCUCUUUAAUGGCAAUGUUUACGAAUUGGCGCGCGUCCGCCACACGACCACCAAGUUAGGUAACUGAUGGAAUCGAGAUAGGUGCCAGUGGAAUAAGUUGAGUGAAAAGUGCACUUUUAGGCAAGACAAAGGCAAUUUGUUAGGGCGGAGGAAGGUCGCGCGGGGGGCAAGAUAGCAGCGGAGAAACAGAAGAGUGACAAUGAUACAUUUUUUUGCAGAUCUUGGAUACUGGCUGAAGAAACUCCGUCUGCACAAGUAUGCUCCGCUCUUCCAGGACAUGACAUACCGACAGCUUCUCGCACUGAACAACGACGAUCUCGAAAUGAUGCACGUGACGAAUGGAGCUCGAAAGAAGAUUGCCCAGUCCAUCGAGAAACUUCACGAACGCCCCGCUCUUUUGAGGAUUCUCGAGCAGAAACUGAGGAAUGGCACUCAAUGCAUUCGAUGUGCGAUCUGCUCGGUCCGACAAUUGCUCUGGAGUCCGUUCAUCAAGUUCGACGGAGGAAAUCGGAAGACGUCGGCCGAGAUCGUCGAUGGAUUCAAUGUACCGAGUCAAAUGAUCUCGGACGAAAACCUUCCCGCACUCAUCUUCCGAGUCAUCGAAAUGUUGAAUCAGAUGAUCUUUCCGCUGCGGAAGCAAUUAAUCGACUUGGAGGAUGAGUACCAGCUGACCAUGUUCCACAUGUUCGACAGUGUCAUGAAGAACGAGAGCUUCACUCCAAACCAGCAGAGACGUGCCUUCUCGAUGAAGAGAAACGCGAGGAACUACGCGAAUCCGGAGGAGAUCCGUCGUCAUCGGAUGGGAAUGGUCUCCAGCUCUCAGUGCGAAGGAUGCCAUCACGCUGAAGUCGUGAACCGCGAGCGUCUAAUGGAGUUGCAGGAUCGCCAAGUGAAGAUUGCUCGUGGCGACGAGGUUGGUGAGCCGACGCUCUCCGUUUGCAGUGCUCUUCUCGACAUGAACACUCCGAACUAUCAGGCUCGUCUUGAGUUCAACGUCCCGCCUGCCAGUCCGGCCCAACGGAUUCAGAAGAGGCCGGCCACGAUGGAGGACGAGGAAUGGAUCGCCACCGCGGGAUCUCCCAAGAUCACAGCUCCGUCCACUCCGUCCGAUGCUGCGAUCGUCGAGGGAUUCAUCCUGAAAAUGCAUUCCGGAGACUUCUGGGCAAACGUCGACGACAUCUGGAGAGAUGAUAAGCCUUCAACGUCGGUUAUCCACAUUCCUCAGUAUCUGAAUCCGGAGCACGAUAAAAUAAUGAGCACCGCGGAGACGUUCAUCGUCAACUCUGUCGAAGACUUCAACCAACCUUCCUUCAACUUUUUGCGAAUGCUCUCAGAGCAGGAGGUAAGAACCGCACAAAUGUUUGAAACUUUAAACCACCAACUUUCCAGCCGCCAAAGGAGCCUUCGCUGAGUGACUUCAAUUUCCCGGAGUCGGUCUCAUCCUCCUCGAAGAAGGCCAAUUCGACCGGAAGCGGCUACUCGUCCUCCGACAGCGAAUCCUCGGUUAUCACCUCGCCCCGUGCCUCUUCCGCGAGUCCCGACGACUCCGCAGUGCCCCAAUUGUCUUUGUACGGUGUCAACCAGGUGUUGUGCCCUCCUCUCGAUAUCCAAUACUUGUAA